GCAGGUAUUGUGAAUGCAGGGUCCGGGGAGAGCGGACAUAGUGAAUGCAGGGUCCGGGAGAGCGGAUAUAGUGAAUGCGGGGUCCGGGGAGACCGGAUAUAGUGAAUGUGGGGUCGGGAGUGGAUAUAGUGAAUGCAGGGUCCGAGGAGACUGGAUAUAGUGAAUGCAGGGUCCGGGGAGAGCAGAUAUAGUGAGUGCAGGGUCUGGGGAGAGUGGAUAUAGUGAAUGCAGGGUCAGGGGAGAGCGGAUAUAGUGGAUGCAGGGUCCGGGGAGACCAGAUAUAGUGAAUCCGGGGUCCGGGGAGAGCGGAUAUAGUGAAUGCAGGGUCCGGGGAGA